UCGUCGCCUCAGUCAGCUCCGAAAGGUGUGCGUGAAAGACUUGCUCAGACGGGAAAAGUUUAGAAAGAACAACUCUUUACCGAUUACGUGGUUAAACAGCUCCAAAAUGGUAGUCAUAAAAAAUGAGCAGAAGAUUUCGGUGCCGGAGUAUCUGAACAUUGAGUUCUUCACCGAAACCCUGGAGGAGGGACUACGGGAGACAAAGGUCACCCUGAAGGAGAUCAACUUCGAGUGGGGCAGCAAUCCGGGGGACAACUACUGCUCGGCCAUCUACCGGGUCCAGCUCACCUUCGCCAAGUGGGUUGAUGGCAAGGAGUCGGCCAAGAACGAUCAGCUCUCGUUGAUCGUUAAGACCAUUCCGAUAACAGAGGCCACCCAGUUUCUGGAAGACGUUAGUGUAUUCAUCAAGGAGAAGCAGACCUAUACCGAUGUCCUUCCCCGAUUGGAUAUUCUGAGUCGUGGCGACAAGUUCGGAGCCAAGUAUUAUCAUUCAGUAAAGGCCCCUGUGCAGACCAUCGUGUUCAGUGACCUCAAGGUGGAGGGAUACAAGGUAGCCUCGCGUGAAGCUGGCUUGGACUGGAACCACGCCUCCCUCAUUCUGCAGCAGCUUGGAAAGUUUCACGCAACCUCCAUGGUGCUGGCCAAAAAGGAUCCUGCCAUCGUGAAGCAGUACACCCGCGGCAUGCUCAGCGAGGAUAUUCUAAUGAAGAGCGACACCUUUGAGGUCAUGUUCGGCGGCUUCCUUAAGGGGCUCAUCAAAAGUUCCGCCACCUGGCCCGGCUUUGAAAAGGUCAGCAAAAACUUACAACGUCUCAUGGACAACUUCCGGUCUGUGUGUGUGGCUGCGGCCAAGCCGAAGCCCGGAGAUCGAUACGUUGUGCUUAACCAUGGGGACAUGUGGACCAAUAACUUCAUGUACGCCUACGACAAUGCCGCCCAGCCGGAGACUCCGACGAGGGCCAUAUUUGUAGACUUCCAGCUGAGUUUUUAUGGCAGCCCCGCCUGUGACCUCAACUUUUUCUUGAACACCAGCGUGAAAUUGGAGCUGCUGCAAGGGCGGCGCGAGGAACUGAUCAAAGUUUACUAUGCGGCCUUCAAGGAUGCGCUGGAGUACGCCCGUUUCGAGGACAUUCCCACAUACGAGGACCUGCAGUAUGAGCUGCGAAGCCGCGAGACCUACGGACUGUUCGGCCUGUUUGCCUUCCUGCCAAUGAUCACUAUGCCGAAGGAACUAGCCCAAGAUAAUAGCAUUGAGAAUAUGCAGGACGAGGCCUUCAAGCAGCGCAAGAUGGACGCUAUUUUCUCGCAAAAGUCCCUUAACGAGUACCAGAAGUGGGCGUUGAAGCGUGCCGACUCCCUCGGCGUCUUCAGCGACUAUUAAAAAGUAGUUUGGUUACACUUUCAAAACCCUUGUGAUAUAAAUGUGGUCGAGUUCCAAAAAGACCGUCUUAUAAUUCUUGAAAUUAAAUUAAUGCAUCAAAAUAUAUUUUUGUGAAAACAA